GGGGGUUUGUGAACUGAGGGGCACUGGACAAAAGAAGACAUCAGAGAUGGCUAGCAGGAAAGCAGUGACACGUGGCAAGGCCGCAGCUAAACGUGCCCAGAGAGGGUCCUCCAAUGUCUUCUCCAUGUUUGAGCAGUCACAGAUCCAGGAAUUCAAGGAGGCUUUCAGCUGUAUAGACCAGAACCGGGAUGGGAUUAUCAGCAAGUCUGACCUCAAAGAGACCUACAUGCAGCUGGGUAAAAUGAACGCAAAGGAGGAGGAGCUUGAUGAAAUGCUGAAGGAAGGAAAAGGUCCUAUCAACUUCACUGUGUUCUUGACACUGUUUGGAGAGAAGCUUAAUGGGACGGACCCAGAGGAUUCUAUACUCAGCGCCUUCAAACUUCUGGACCCCAAUGCAACUGGAAAUAUCAACAAAGAUGAGUAUGUGACUUUGCUUGUUUUGGGGGAGUUCUAGACCAGUGUUUCCCAACCAGCGUGCCUCCAGCUGUUGCAAAACU